CCUUGCUCGUGGCCUGCAGUCCUACUAUGCAGUGGCCCAUGCAGUCACAGAGAGAGUAGAUAAGCAGUCAGCCCUCAUGGUCAACGGUGUCCUCAAACAGUACCAGAUCAAGGGCUUGGAGUGGCUGGUGUCCCUUUAUAACAACAACCUGAAUGGCAUCCUGGCUGAUGAGAUGGGGCUGGGGAAGACUAUCCAAACCAUCGCACUCAUCACAUACCUCAUGGAGCACAAGCGCAUCAAUGGGCCCUUCCUCAUCAUCGUGCCUCUCUCGACGCUGUCAAACUGGGCAUAUGAAUUUGACAAGUGGGCCCCCUCGGUGGUGAAGGUUUCCUACAAGGGCUCUCCAGCAGCAAGACGAGCUUUCGUCCCCCAACUUCGCAGUGGGAAGUUCAAUGUCUUGCUGACCACCUAUGAGUAUAUCAUCAAAGACAAACAUAUCCUGGCCAAGAUCCGCUGGAAGUACAUGAUUGUGGAUGAAGGCCACCGCAUGAAGAACCACCACUGCAAGCUGACGCAGGUCCUUAACACACACUACGUGGCCCCUCGUCGCCUGCUUCUCACAGGCACACCACUGCAGAACAAGUUACCUGAGCUCUGGGCACUGCUUAACUUCCUGCUGCCCACCAUCUUCAAGAGCUGCAGCACCUUUGAACAGUGGUUCAACGCACCCUUUGCCAUGACCGGAGAGAAGGUGGACCUGAAUGAAGAAGAGACCAUCCUCAUUAUCCGUCGCCUACACAAGGUACUACGACCCUUCCUGCUGCGGCGUCUCAAGAAAGAAGUUGAAGCCCAGCUACCUGAGAAGGUAGAAUAUGUCAUCAAAUGUGACAUGUCAGCCCUACAGCGUGUGCUCUACCGCCACAUGCAGGCCAAAGGUGUGCUGCUGACUGACGGCUCUGAGAAGGACAAGAAGGGAAAAGGUGGUACCAAGACGCUGAUGAACACUAUCAUGCAGCUUCGCAAGAUCUGCAACCACCCCUACAUGUUCCAGCACAUCGAGGAGUCCUUUUCUGAGCACUUGGGGUUCACCGGCGGCAUCGUGCAAGGACUGGACCUAUACCGUGCCUCAGGGAAAUUUGAACUUCUUGAUAGAAUUCUACCCAAACUCCGUGCAACCAAUCAUAAAGUACUACUCUUCUGUCAAAUGACCUCCCUCAUGACCAUCAUGGAAGACUACUUUGCAUACCGUGGCUUCAAAUACCUCAGGCUUGAUGGAACCACAAAAGCAGAAGACCGGGGCAUGCUGUUGAAAACCUUUAAUGAGCCUGGCUCUGAGUACUUCAUUUUCCUGCUUAGUACCCGUGCCGGGGGCUUGGGCCUCAACCUGCAGUCAGCUGACACUGUGAUCAUCUUUGACAGUGACUGGAAUCCCCACCAGGACCUGCAAGCACAGGACCGUGCCCAUCGAAUUGGGCAGCAGAAUGAGGUGCGUGUGCUCCGCCUGUGCACCGUCAACAGCGUGGAGGAGAAGAUUCUGGCCGCUGCCAAAUACAAACUCAAUGUGGACCAGAAGGUGAUCCAGGCAGGCAUGUUCGAUCAGAAGUCGUCCAGCCAUGAGCGGCGUGCCUUCCUGCAGGCUAUCCUGGAGCAUGAGGAGCAGGAUGAGAGCAGACACUGCAGCACGGGCAGCGGCAGUGCCAGCUUCGCCCACACUGCCCCUCCGCCAGCGGGCGUCAACCCCGACUUGGAGGAGCCACCUCUAAAGGAAGAAGACGAGGUGCCUGAUGAUGAGACCGUCAACCAAAUGAUUGCCCGGCACGAAGAAGAGUUUGACCUCUUCAUGCGCAUGGACUUGGACCGCCGGCGUGAAGAGGCCCGCAACCCCAAGCGGAAGCCACGCCUGAUGGAAGAGGAUGAGCUCCCAUCCUGGAUCAUCAAGGACGAUGCUGAGGUGGAGCGGCUGACAUGUGAAGAGGAAGAGGAGAAAAUGUUUGGCCGUGGUUCCCGCCACCGCAAGGAGGUGGACUACAGCGAUUCACUGACAGAGAAACAGUGGCUCAAGGCCAUCGAGGAGGGCACGUUGGAGGAGAUCGAAGAGGAAGUCCGGCAGAAGAAAUCCUCACGUAAGCGCAAGCGAGACAGCGAGGCCGGCUCCUCCACCCCUACCACCAGCACCCGCAGCCGUGACAAGGACGAGGAGAGCAAGAAGCAGAAGAAGCGUGGGAGACCACCUGCUGAGAAGCUGUCCCCAAACCCACCCAACCUCACCAAGAAGAUGAAGAAGAUCGUGGAUGCAGUGAUCAAGUACAAGGACAGUAGUGGACGUCAGCUCAGCGAGGUGUUCAUCCAGCUUCCCUCGCGCAAGGAGCUUCCUGAGUACUAUGAGCUCAUCCGGAAACCUGUGGACUUCAAGAAGAUCAAGGAACGCAUCCGCAACCACAAGUACCGCAGCCUCAAUGACCUGGAGAAGGAUGUGAUGCUGCUGUGCCAGAAUGCACAGACAUUCAACCUUGAGGGUUCCUUGAUCUAUGAGGACUCCAUCGUCCUGCAGUCUGUCUUCACCAGUGUGCGGCAGAAAAUUGAGAAAGAAGAUGACAGUGAAGGCGAGGAGAGUGAGGAGGAGGAAGAGGGCGAGGAGGAAGGCUCUGAGUCUGAGUCCCGCUCUGUCAAGGUCAAGAUCAAACUGGGCCGCAAGGAGAAGGCCCAAGACCGACUCAAGGGGGGCCGGCGGCGGCCAAGCCGAGGAUCCCGGGCCAAGCCAGUCGUGAGCGAUGAUGACAGUGAGGAGGAACAGGAAGAGGACCGCUCAGGAAGUGGCAGUGAGGAAGACUGAACCAGACAUUCCUGAGUCCUGACCCCGAGGCGCGCGUCCCAGCCGAGAUGGAGUAGCCCUUAGCCGUGAUGGGUAGCACCAAAUGUAGUUUCGGACUUGGAGAACUGCACACAUGCAAUCUUCCACAUUUUUAGGCAGAGAAAAAUAGGCUGUCUGUGGGCCCUGGCCUGGCCCGGCUCGAGUCUCUACCAGCAUUAACUGUCUAGCGAGGGGACCUCUUGGGAGCACCAUCCACCUUCCGGGCCCCGGUCACUGUAGCUCAGCGUGGAUGCAUGCGCGUGCCGUCCACUCCUUGUACUGUAUCUUACUGGACAGGGCCGACUCUCCAGAGGCUCACAGGCCCCGCGGGUAUGUCAGUGUCACUGGAGUCAGACAGUAAUAAAUUAAACCAAGGACAAACCA